GUAGAAGAAGACAACCGAAUAGUCAUGGCGGCUGACAGUUUGUAAUGAUACAACGAAAAACAGUUAAGAUUCUUGCAAGUUGGAUUUACCCGAUUUAACCAGGCCAGGAGGUCAACACUCAACCGACAACAUGCAGAUCACGUUGAAGACUUUACAACAACAGACGUUCAAAAUCGAUAUCGACGAAGAGGAAACGGUGAAAACAUUAAAGGAGAGGAUUGAACAGGAGAAGGGGAAGGACAAUUUUUCAGUUGCAGGCCAGAAACUUAUAUAUGCUGGUAAAAUCCUUAGCGAUGACACAGCUCUUAAGGAAUACAAAAUCGAUGAGAAGAACUUUGUUGUCGUCAUGGUGACAAAGCCUAAAACAGCCUCAGCCAACCCACAGUCUCCACCAGCUGCUUCAGCCCCCAGCACUACAGUUCCUGCGACAACCCCCGCUUCAUCCACCAGUUCAGACAAACCAGCAGAGAGCACCUCUACUGACGACAAACCAGAGGAGAAACCAUCUUCGACAGCUGAACCUUCUUCCACCCCUGUUGGAAGUUCGGAGGUUUCAACCAACACAAACUUGAUCAAUGAAGCUGUUUCAACUCUAGUGACAGGCUCAUCAUAUGAUACCAUGGUAAACGAGAUGAUGCUCAUGGGCUACGAGCGGGAGCAGGUGGUGGCAGCUAUGAGAGCAAGCUUCAACAACCCCGACCGAGCUGUGGAAUACCUCCUUUCAGGAAUCCCAGGCAGAGAUCAGGGCGCAGCAACAGGACCGGAUGCGGCGGCGCCUCCAGUAAGUGGAGCUCCAGCUGCACCUGCUGGUGGCAUUGGUAUUCCUGCCAACACUGGCUCUUCACCAAGUGCAGGGGGAGAUAAUCCCUUGAGCUUCCUUAGAAAUCAGCCUCAGUUCCACGUCAUGCGCCAACUGAUCCAGCAGAAUGCUGCCCUGCUUCCAGCCCUGCUGCAGGAGAUUGGCAGGGAGAACCCAGAGCUCCUGCAGGAGAUCAGCAACCACCAAGAGCAGUUCAUUCAGAUGCUGAAUGAGCCCAAUCCUGAUCCAGUGCCAGCAGGUGGGGGAGGUGGGCCAGGAGGAGCAGGGGGAGCUGGAGGAGCUGGAGGAGCUGGAGGGAUAGGAGGUGAUACUGCUGGUGGAAGUCAUAUGAGCUAUAUCCAGGUCACGCCGCAGGAGAAAGAGGCCAUUGAGAGGCUAAAAGCUUUGGGAUUUCCAGAGGGACUUGUUAUACAAGCCUACUUUGCCUGUGAGAAGAACGAGAACUUGGCUGCCAACUUCCUUUUACAACAGAAUUUUGAUGAUGAUUGAAGGAAGCUUUGUUGUUGUUUUCAUGCUUUUUCUUUCUUUUUUUUUCUUUUUUGAUUGCUGAUGUUCAAUAUAUGUGUUCAAUAAGCUUUUUAAUUUCCAAAAUACAUUUUAUUCACCACUUUCACAUUCAACUGUUGUGUUAACACUGGAUCAUUAUCAGCUGAUGGCUGUUGUUCAUCAACAGGUUAAAAUAGGGCAAUGAUUAAAAUCUUGUAAUUUUUGCAUCAGAAUUCACUUUGUGCCAUUUUUUAAACUUUUCUCAUUUAAGUCAAACAUGAUUUUUACUUUAAGUUUGGUUUGGAAUAGUCUUAUGUUUUACAUUGUAAAUGAGUCAAAUUCAGGGUAAAUCGAAGAGGUUAUAACAGUAUUCCUGCAUUCUUUAUGGAAAUAUAAAAAAUAAAGUUGAACAAAACAAGUAA